GUCGUCCGUGGCGUUUCUCAGGUCUGAUCCCAAGUCCACGACUUGGUUUCCGCUUGUAUCCUUUUUUGGCGCCAGGUUAUACGUUCAACUCGUACUGCGGUGCCUCGAUCGUUUCAAUGUCUGACCUAUCGCCGUGACUUGUGGCUAUCCAUACUCCCGCAAAACGCCUAACAACGCCUUACCAUCACCCGUAUUCGUAAACAAUUCCGUCCCGGGAUGCUCUGACUCGAGGACCAGGUCUUGGUACAGCAUGUAUAUAAAAGCCUGUCCGGCUAAACCUGCUGUGGUCACCUCACCACCCCUCCCUAAUGUCUACUUACCAAUCUCACCUUACCGUCCUACAACAUACUGCUUCUUCCUACCCAGAUGCACCGGUCUUUAGAGUGCCCAGAUCAGAUCCAUCAAGUGGUCAGGUACAUGAUUGGUUGUCAAUAUCUUACAGCCAGUUCCUGGACGACGUCGAAUUCACUGCUCGCUAUUGGCAGCAGGUGCUCCAGUCUGACGGCGUACCAGAAUAUUCUGUCGUAGGUCUAUGGCUAUCGGGAAUGACUUACCAGGAUGUUCUCCAUAUUUAUGGCCUUUCGCGAGCUGGAUAUGUCCCUCAGCUCUUUAGCAUUCGUUUGCCAAAUCCUGAAGUUGUACUUGAACUGCUCGCGAAGGCAGGCGCGAAAGCGCUGAUAUUUGAUUCGCAAUUCCAGUCCUUGACUGCAUCAUUCCCCCUUCCCGUCCAUCUGGCGAUCGAAAAACGAGACAUGGCAUCUUUCAAAUAUGACCUUCCUCCCAUACGAUAUACUUCCAACCCUGACAAAGCAGUUUUUGUUUUCCACACAAGUGGCUCUACCUCGGGCAGCCCCAAGCUCGUCCCUUGUAAUUCCGGCUGGCUCGACGCGAUCGUGGCGAAGGCUAAAGUGACCAGCGCUCCUCGAAAUCUGCGCCGACAAGACGUUUCUGUUUGGAUGGGCAGCAUGUGUCAUAUUGCUCAAACUUUCAUGCUUAUCGGCACUUUACAGCACGGGUCUUGCGUCAUUCAGCCAACCAAAAUUGCGUUUACUUCAGAAGAGCUUAUUGAUAUGAUCCACCGCUGCCAGCUCAAUCGCCUUAACCAAUUUUCCACUUUCCUCUCCAUUCACCUUCGCAAUUCGCGGCAAAACCGGAAACUUCUUGGGUAUCUUCAAAGUCUUGAUGAAAUUCUAUUCAGCGGAUUGCCAUUACCUCGGGAGGAAGAGGACUGGGCAUACAAAAAUGGAUUGAACAUGAAAAACCUCUUUGGCAGCACUGAAUGUGGUGCAAUGCUCCUUUCCGUGGGUGGCAAAGGCCGCGAUGCACCACUUCUUCGUCCUAUAUCGGGAACAUCUUAUGGCUUCCUACCCAUUGAUACCGACAUUCAGUCCGAGUCAGGGCACAAGACAUCAGCUGGGAUGUUGGAACUUGUCAUUCUUUCCGGCUCUGGCGACUGCCCGGACGCAUCUUUGCGCGGCAGCGACGGCCACUUCCACACCGGAGAUUUGUUCCAACAGGUGAUUCCCGGGUCAUAUGCAUUCCGCGGUCGCAACGACGACUGGAUCAAGAGCGAAAAUAGCUUGCGGUGCGAUACAAAAGCUAUCGAAGAUAAUAUUCGAGCUACCUGCGGUGACCUCAUUGAAGAAUGCAUUGUCGUGGGAACCGGGCGGCCAUCGCCCGCACUUUUUGUCGAGCCUGCUCCCAACGUUGACCAUGAAAAGCUCAAGCGGGAUAUCAUCCGCAAGACUCGCCAAUUCCACGCCCGGCGCUACCUCCACGAGCAGAUCACAAACCCGAAUUUGAUUAUUGUAGUCCCUUCAAAGUCGCUCCCGCGCACUGCGACUAAAGGUAACAUUCGGCGCAAGGCCAUUGAGGAUGUAUACCAAGCCGAACUCGACAAGAUCUACGCUUCUCUGCAGUAAAGCAGUCCACUAUAACCUAUCCUCGUUGAAAUAAUCGUCUUGGACCUAAUUUAUCCCACUCGCUUCCUUUAUUAACACUCUGUAGAUGACUACAUGGAUCUAAAUCCCAAUUAAUAACUCACACUGUAGCA